ACGUUCAAGGUCACAGCAAAGAUGAAGACUCACGUCACACUAUUUGACAAUGUUGAUUUUAAAUUUUGUAUAGCAGUAUGUUUUGCCAUCUUAUUGAUUACUGGAAUUUUGAAGAAAAUUUUGGAAAUACGAAAACUGCCUCCAGGACCAUGGAGUUAUCCAAUCAUCGGACAUUUAACAUUACUUGGAACAAAUCCUGCUGAAACCUUCAGUAAAAUGGCGAUUCAAUAUGGAGACGUUUUCUUCAUACGCAUGGGUAAGUGGCCGACCAUAGUGCUAAAUAGUAAGGAUGCAAUCGACGAAGCUUUAAAUAAAAUGCCUGAAAUAUUCUCCGAUCGUCCAAAGUUUUAUUCGAAUAAUGCAAUUAAUAAAAUGAAAGGCCUUGUGUUUGGGGAAUAUUCACAACGAUUGCGUUUACAUCGUAAGAUAGCAAACGGUGUCUUGCAAGAAUUUGCAACAAGUAAAUCAUCCCUAACUGAAUACUUGGUGAGAAAGGAAGCGGAUAUACUUAUCAAAACAUGGAUUCAGUCACGAGACAAUGAUUUCAAUCCUGUACAUGAUAUUGAUAUGGCAAUGGGGGCUGUUAUAUAUCAGUUAUUAUUUGGUUCCGAAAUGAACUGUCAUUCGGAUCAAACAUUCAUUGAUAUGGUUAAAAACCUUAAAAUUAUCAACGAAGGUGCCAGUGCGGGAAGUUUUGUGAAUAUGUUGCCAUGGGUACGAUUUAUUAUGCCGUCAAAAGUGAAACAACUUAUGGAAAGAUUGGAACUGAAUAGCAAAUUUGCUGAAAAAUGUAUAAGCGAGAGUCUACCGUCUUACGAUAAAAAUCACCAGCGUGGAAUGGUUGAUGGUCUUAUUUCUGCGGCAAAUAAGUACGCCGAGAAAGAAGUUCACCAUGAUGGAAUUACAAGGCAUCAGAUCUACUCAACUAUACGGGAUUUUAUUGGUGCUGGCAUUGAUACAACUUCAACAACAUUACAUUGGACAGUUCUGCUACUAUCAAUUCAUACUAACAUUCAAGACAAAAUGCAACAAGAAAUAGAUAACAUUCUUGGAGGACGGAGACCCUCACUACAAGACCAAGGAAAAUUACCGUAUGUGGAAGCAACCAUUUUAGAAGUAAUGCGACAUGGAACAAUUGCGCCACUGAAUAUUCCACAUUCAACAAGUAGUGAUGUUAAAUUUAGAGACUAUGAGAUCAAAAAAGGGACUGUUGUUUUCUGUAAUAUUUAUGGCAUUUUUAAGGAUAAAAAUAUUUGGACAGACCCAGACAAAUUUAGACCAGAGAGAUUUUUAACCAAGGAUAACACAAUUAUACAGGAGAAAGCUGAUAUUAUAGCAACACAAUUCGGUGUCGGUCGUAGGCGAUGUAUUGGAGAUACAUUGUCUAAACGGGAACUCUUUUUAUUUAUAACAAGUAUAUACCAAGCUUUUAGCACUAACUUGCGGUCUGGUCCAAAUUAUGGACGAAUAAUUACCAUAAACUGCAAGCCUACACCUUAUAAAAUACAAAUAAUUCCAAGAUAUUAA